ACGAGUAAUCGCGGAACUUUGACACACUGUGCGUUUUGGGUGGGAGAGAAGAGAAAGAGAGAGAAAAAAAAAGGGAAGAUUACCGACACGCGCGAUGCAUACGGUGCUGCGUCACUUUUUGCCGAUCCGUUCCGCUCCGUUUCCGUAAUAAAGGUCGCGACGACGUAGCGGGACCGUGGAACAAAAAUCGCGGAAUCUCUCGAGACGAGCCUCUCUCUUUCUCUCUCUCUUCUUCCGUCUCUCGCGACUCCGUUUUUCCUUCUCCGCGAUUCACGAAUGUAUACGUACCGACUACUAUGAACAAGUAGGAAGCAGUGUGGACCAUAGACAUGUCAAAUGCAUAGAGCGAAUUUUAGUUGCCGAUGUCAUCGAAAAAGGGGGAGAGGGAUUUAAUGACAAGUGCGCGGGGGGUGCGUCGGAAUGUCAAAAUGUCAUUCCGUCUAUGGAUUUUAUGUAUCUAUGGUAGAAGACGCGACGCCACGUGACGUUUCCAUGUGCGCGGUUGACAGCUGCGGAUCGACCAAUCAGAGCGAAGCAGCUUAUCAGCUGAUUGGUUGACAGCUGCGGAUUGAACAAUCAGAGCGAAGCAGCUUGUCAGCCGAUUGGUUGAGAACCGGAGCAUUUGUGGAAUAAUCCACAUGUAUGAUAAAAUCCCCUAAAAUCUAUAGAAAUUAACUAGCUAGUUGAAAAAAAAAAUUUCAUCUGAUUGGCCCGCGCGACAACAAUUGAUCGCGAUUGGUGAAUUUGAAUUAUACGGAGAUCUUUAAAAAUGGACGUUCACGAUUUUUGAACCGAUGCAUCUGUUGGCUUUGUUCACGAGACGAAAAUACGCCCGACGAACAAAAUGCUCAAGCUAUGUCAAACUAGGAGUCGUAGUAUCUUUGGAAUCAGUGUCUCUGUUGCACGUUGAUCUUUGACACGUCUGAUCGCGCGUGUAAUUUGUGUUGUUUGACACAACGCGGUGAUUAGCGGUGAUAUAAAUUUUUGAGAAUUGUGUAUAUACUCGACGCAUUAGCUGGACGAAACAAAUCUUGUGAAAUCUGUCUGCAAAAUAUUCGAAUAAUGGAGAAGUAUCAACAUUUGCGAGGAUUUAUAUCAGCGGCCUUGGAUUACACCAAACAUCCCAACGAAAGUGCUACGUCUGCUAUACAAAGAAAUCUUGGAGUAAUAAGUGCGUCACUGGAUCUAAGUGUAUUUGAUCCUGAAACCAGCAUAGCUGCAGAAUUCUAUGUGAGCCUAUACGAACUGAUGAAUUCUUUAGGAUCCCGAUCCACUUUGAUCUGGAGUGCUGUAGAUGUUUUACAAAAUGCUUGCAGAAAUAUCCCUGCUAGACAAUCGCUUAUUCAUACAUAUAAGUUUGCACCAAUAUUAGCGAGAUUAUUAGAGGCAAAUUUGACGACCGAGAAAAGGAUACGAGUAUUAAAAUUACUUCAGGAAUUAACAUAUGGAAUCAAGAUAUCAUGGCAAGAAGCUCAUCUUCCAUAUUUAAUUUCUGUAUUAACUCAAUGGGUAGUACAAUCAAAGGAAGAAGAGAUUAUUGCACUUUCUUUAGGAGUGCUGGUAAAUCUGUGUUAUAAAAAUCUCCCAGCUGUUUAUACAUUGAUGCGUACCGUCAAUACCAAGGCAUUCAUCAGAACAUUAUUAAAGUUGCAAGAGAAUGUUAAUACUAGUGUGCAAUGUUGCAAGUUAUUGAUUAUAUUGGAGCCAACUAAUACAAAUAUUUCUGAGAAAUAUAUCAUGGACUUUGCAUCAUUAACUUUCAUAAAUCUUAAAACAGCAGUGAAACAGAAAGACGUUUUGUUAUUGCGGCAUAUUAUUGAUUUCUUCAACGACGUCGGACAAAAUGAGCAUUCGCGAAAUGUAUUACUUACAUAUUCAAAUUACAGCAAAGAUGUAGAAAAUAUACUAGCCACUUUGGAAGAAAAUACAGAUCCAGAAUGCAUCGCUCUUAUGAUGGAAUUUUUACUGUCGUUGGUGAAACUAAAAUUAGCUGCCUUGACUCCUUUAUAUCCUGCUUGUAUAAAAUCGGCUAUGACUUGGGUACCUGUGGAACAAGUGUGCUCUAAAGCUUUAGCACUCAUACGAAGCAUCAUCAUCGAUUCACGACGCACUAAAACUUCCGCCGAAGUUUUAACAGAGGUAGAUCCGUCUGUUCUUAUGCUCAUAACGAAUCCAGAAGAUGAAACUGAUGAGAAAAAUGGAUGUCAAAAUGUAGAAAUGGAAACAAAACAAGCUGAAUUAAUGCAACUGUUUCAAGAAAUGAUUAAAACUCCUGCACUUAAGAAAAAAAUUAUGCAAUCAUUUAGCGAACACGCAAUGCGCAAAUUAUUUAGUCGCAUAUUAGAUAAUGAAUUUUGCGCUGCUGGAGAUUGGACCGGAAAUUUCAUUCAAAAUGCUUCUAUCAAUCUUUACAUUCAUGCAUUAGCUUUGACAGCAGACUUAGCAACAAGUCAUUCCAAUUGGUUGACAUUAUAUUCUGAAUUACUUAGUAGAAAGCAAAUGCAAAUGAUAAUGGCAUUAGCAUUAUUUACUGGUGAUGGGGAAGUGAAGCAAAAGGUGUUACAGUUAACAUCAUCAAUUGGAUUUCCACAGGAAUGUGUUUCCGCAGUGGCAGUUUGCAUGAAAGAAUUAGAACCAUUAAUGUUAGUUCAGAGUACAAACAGCAAUGUGUUGGAAGUCACGAAUAAGGCAUCUCUGAAUUAUUCUGGGAUUGAAUUAGCACCAUUAUUUUCCAUCGCACAAGAAGAGCGCCUCGAUGUAUUCUUAGCCAAACUUGAAUCAGCUUUUGAAUCGAAUCAGAUAAACGAUAUUCCGACGUCUGCGGUAAUGGAACUAUACGAAUAUAAGUUAGCGACAAUGAGACAUUCCGAAAGGGCGAUGCAAUCGAGUUUAGAAGCGGCAAAUAAUCAUGGUACUAGUCUUCAACAUAGAUUAGCGCAAGUGGUAGCCGAAUCCAGUAGAUUACAUCAGUUAUUAUUUGACACUCAGCAGUGCUUGGAAGGAAUAAAAGCUGAAAAAUCUGUAUUAAUAGAAAAGUUUAAUGAGAUGGAAGAGCAAUCUAAAAAAGCAAUUUUGAUAAAGAAACAAGAAAUUGAAUCACUGAAAAAAAUUGUGGUAGAAAAAUCAACACAUUUGGAACAUCUGAAUGAGAAGUUAAUGCAAUGUACAAAUGAAUUAGAGGCUAGCAACAAUAAAAUUGAUAUAUUAACUAAACAAGUUCAAGAAUCAAAAAAUGAACAUUUAAUUACAGAAAAAAAAGUUAUAGAUAUGAGCAACAAAAAUCAUGAAUUAAGUAAACUUUUACAAAAGAUGAAAGAUUCUCUUAGCAAAAAGGAACAGCUUUUAGAGAAAAAGGAUGCAGAAAUUGAAACAAAUCAAGGCGAUAUAUCUGCGCUUAAGCAAGAAAUUCAACAAAUGGUACAAAUGUUACGGACACAUGAACAAACCAUAUCAGAGAAAGAAAAGAAUAUUCAAAGAAUGAAAACGGAAUUGGUAGAUUUGAGCCGUAUGCGAGAUAUGAUAUUUGAGCUUACUGCAAAAAACAAAGAUGAUCUAAAUUCAAGUUAACAUUUCUUUCUUCUCAAAAUAAUAAACGCGGAAAAUAUGAACGGAUACAUUGGUCAAUAUAAUUUUUCCGUAUCUAACAUUCACAAUAUAGUUGCGUCUAAUAAUUUUAUUUUUUAUAUUUAAUUGUACGUUAAUUCCUGUCAA